AUGUCUCAAUCAAUUGAUUUUCGUAUCAAUGAUUUUGUUAUUGAAUAUCUUGAUUAUAAAGGUUUUAAUGAUACAGUUGGAAUAUUCCUAAGAGAAAGAAAAAUUCGUCAAGAACCCAUACAUGAAAUAUCAAAUGACAAACAAAUACAAGAUAAAGAUCAAACUAUUAAAAAUGAUAUGUUAAAAUAUUUAGAUGAUGGAAAUCGAGUGGAAUUUUUUCGUCUUUGGUCUGAACAUAUACCUGCAAAUAUAAUUAAUAGUGAUCCAUCAUUAAGAUCAUUGGAAUUUUUAAUUUAUGCUCAUUUUGCAAUUUAUUAUUUACGUCCAAAUAUUACAAUUAAAAAUGAACAAGCAGCAAGAGAAAAUAUGCAAAUAUUUAAAACGUAUAUGGAAUCAAUUAAAGGACAAGCGAUAUCACAAACAAGUGAUUUAUUACCUUUAUUUGCUUUACCAUUUGUUGCAUCACCUGAUAAACAUGCGUCGUUUCAGGAAUUAUUUUCGCAUGAAUGGCCAGCACAAUUACGUAAGAAAGUAUCGAAUUUUUUCGAUUGGAUUUUUUCUAAUCGACCAUUACCACGACUCGUGGAACUAUUACAAAAUGGUGAACGUGCAUCUCAUGUAUUAACUCAAUUAAAUAAUGAAAAUGAAGAUUUGAAACAUCGAAAUAAAGAAACUAAUAAGCAAAUCAAAAAUUUAAGUACAGAUUAUUGCAGUUUAAUAAGUAUAACAAUGGAAUUAGUUGAAACAUUACAACAAGCUAUUGUUGGAAAAACAAUUACAAAUGAGUAUAUUGAUAACGUUUGUUCACGACUUGGUUUAGCAAGAUUACGUGAAUCAAUGUCGAAUGUAAUGGAAUCAGCUCGUCUUGGAAUCGAUGAUCCAUUUACAGAAAAAUUUGAUUAUGCUAAAAUAAAACGUGAUGUUGUUCAUAUAUCAACGAGUCCACGACAGAAAGCACUUUUACUUCAAGCAUUACGUUGGAAAUUAACAAAAGCUAAAACAGAUUUUAAACGUGAAAAAAUGCUUGAAUGUUAUAUUAAUUGUGAUUUAUUGGGUUGUCAAACUGAUACUGAACAACAAACAAAAAUUAUAAAAGAAUUAUCAACACCAGCCGAUACGGAAACGAAUUAUGUUAAAGAAGAAUGGGCACGUUUAAUUAAUACGAUUGCAUCAUUAAGAAAAGGCCGAAAUUAUUUGGCACCAAAUGAAGCAUUGAUUAUUUGUAUGCAAAAAGCAGCGAUUGCAGAAAAAUCCGACACAUCAACAAAGCAACAUCUUUUAGCAGCAUUACAAAAACUUAGUCUCAGACGAUCUGUUCAAACUGUAAUGAUCAAUCAAAAUAUGAUCAAAUGGCUUGUACCAUUAUUAAAUAAAACUGAUAAUCUAUCUGAUUAUACUUUAGAAUAUGGUGUGGCUUUAUUAAUGAAUAUAUGUUUACGAACAGAUGGUCGUAAGAAAUGUGCUGAAAUUGCUGAUCAAGCCAUAACUGUUCUUUCAACUCUAUUAGCUCAUCCUAAUCAUGAAACUCGACCAUAUGUGAAUUCAUCAUUAUAUUCAAUUUUAACACAUAAAUCAAUUCGUGAUAAAGCUAUUGAAUUAAAUCUUGAUAAUCGUCUUCGAACUCUUAUUCGAACUGAAACAAGCAAUUCUGAAACAAAAGGUCAAUUAGAAUUUUUACUUAAUCUUCUAUGUAAAGGUGGUGAUCAAAUUGUUGAACAAGCAUCUGAUGAUGAACAAGAUAAUGAUGAUGAAGAUCAAGAUGUUAUGGAAGCUGAUUUAGAUCUUGCUGAUAAAUUACAAGCAGUCAAUCAAGAAUUAAGUGGAGAUGAUUUAAUUCUAGUUAAAUAUUCAUCACAAACAACAACAAAUGUUCAUAAAUCUUAUAACAAUAAUUUAUAUGCAUCAUCAACACAUGAUUUUAAAAGUAAAACUCCGAUUGAUCCUGUUCUUCAUCGACCAACAACACCUGGUCAAUUACGUCAAUCAAUUGUUGCACAUACAGUUGAUUCACUUGCUACUAGUCUUGUUGUUGGAGAUAUAUUUCAUAGUCAAAGUAAUGGAUUCGAACAAUUAAAUGGUAAUCAUACAAUGUUUGCUGCAUCAACAUCGAUUCCAGUAAAAAAAUCUUUAUCAGCAAGUGUUAGUUCAAUCGCAACAAAUAAUAGUAUAAAAUUUUCUAAAACUUUAUCAUCAAUUACAAGACCAAAAUCAACAAAUCGUAUGUCAUCAACUGAUCAACAAAAACAAGUAACACCUGUUCUUGCAUUUGCUACAAAUGAUGAAUUUGAUCGAUCAACACCACCGAUAAUAUCACAAAAAAUAACACCACCCAUGAAAUUUUCUUUUAGUGAACCACCAAGAUCAAAUUCAAGUGCAUCUAUACGUUCAUCAACAUCAUCAAUACUUGAAUUAAGUAAUGGUAAUACAAAUAAUCAAAAAACAAAAAAAACUUAG